UCCACUUGACCCUCACAGUCCCACCAUGCCUGCCGAUUACAAUGGAAGAUGGGAGAUGGAGAGCAAUGGGAAUUUUGAGGAUUACAUGAAAGCCCUCGACAUUGAUUUUGCCACCCGUAAAAUUGCUCUCCAUCUGACUCAAACUAAGGUGUUUGUUCAGAACGGGGACAAGUUUGAGACUAAGACGCUGAGCACAUUCAGGAACUACGACCUGAACUUCACAGUGGGGGAAGAGUUUGAGGAGCACACCAAGGGGCUGGACAACAGGAUGGUUAAGACACUGGUGGUCUGGGAUGGUGACAAGCUGGUGUGUACCCAGAAGGGCGAGAAACCCAACCGUGGGUGGAAGCACUGGAUCGAAGGAGACAAACUGCACUUGGAGCUGACCUGCGGAGACAUAGUAUGCCAUCAGGUGUUCAAGAAAAAACAAUAA